AUGACGUUUCAUUGGGCCAACAUACCUUUUUAAUGGACAUCUUACUCACUCAGAUAUCAUAAUGACAUGCUAUGGUACGCACUAAUCUUCAUUUAUUUUAGGUACAUUUGGAGUCUAAUAUAAAUGUUUCCCAUUUUUCUGGUGGCAUUUUAUCAACUCUACAAACAUUUUACAAUCCCCAAUUACUAUUAAUACAUCAACAAACACUCAUUUGAUCAAAAGAUAGUUCACUAUUUUGUAAUGCAUCGCUCUAUGUAUAGGCUGUCCCUAUUCCAAUAUAUUAUUUUAUAGAUCUAGCAAUCUCUAUUUUUGAGGGUUCACUUUUUGAACCAUGUAGAUUUUGUUUAUGGUAUCAUCAUGUGGUACAAUAAUUACAUUACAAUUAGAUUUCCAUUAUUGUUGUAACUGCUAUCAUACUAAGAAAAGAAUAUGAAUGGCAGGAUACUAUGAUCAUGGCAACUCAUACGCUCUUAAUGAAAUAUCCAUUCAUUUUUGUGUUAAAUAUAAUAUAUGUUGCAUUGGUGUUUUAUUAUAAUAUAUUGUUGUAUUUUAGGUAACGUAUUACGACUAUAUUAGUCCAUUAAGGGAAAAAUGGAUCAAUAGGUUCUUGGGUAAAUUCUUUCCAUUUAUCUACUAUAGCUUUAUAAUAGCUUUGAUCUAUGAUUGCACAAACGCAUUGCCAUUUUUGUAUUGA